AUGGAGAAUCAUAAUCAAACGUUGUUAAAUCAUGGUAAUAUAAAUAGUUUACCACCAACUUCAAUUAAAACCUCGGAGGUUAUAAAUAAAGGCAGUGCACCAAAUUCACCUUCAACAAGGUCUACGGUAGUUCCAUCAAAUUUGAAUAUAAAUUUACCAACUUUCAAUAAUACAAUCGCCACCGCUGAUACAAAUACAACAACAUCAAAUGAUGCAGUAAUAACAAUAGUUGGAUCGAAUAGCGUAACAAAUUUUUUAACAGAAAAAGAAUCAAAAAAUAGUGGGUCAACUUCGGUUAAUACUACCUGGGAAAAUAUAUUUAAAAAUCUUUAUUAUAUAUUAGCAUGGUAUUUUUUUAGUACCGCGCUAUCAUUUUAUAACAAGAAUUUGAUGGGAAAAGAAUAUUUUAAUUUAAAAUUACCUUUACUUAUAAGUGCUAUGCAUACCGGAAUGCAUGCUUUAGUUACCACAAUAUUGAUGAGUGGUAAUUUACCUAUGAUUUAUAAAAAAACAGAAGGUAAAUCUGUUUCGAUCUCUUCAUAUUUUACUCGCGUGGUUCCUUGUGCCGUAGCAGCAGCAUUAGAAAUAUGCAUGGCAAAUGCAUCACUUGUAUUUAUCACACUAAGUUUUUACACUAUGGUUAAAUCAUCUACACCGAUAUGGGUAUUAAUAUUCGCAUUUGCGUUUGGAUUGGAACAACCUAAAUUAAUACUAAUUAUCAUAAUAACAGUAAUCAGUGUUGGAGUUUUAUUAACAGUAGAAGGAGAAACGAGGUUUAAUUUGACAGGAUUUCUUUUAGUAUUAGGAGCGGCAAUAAUAAGUGGAUUAAGAUGGACAUUAACACAAAUGCUUUUACAAAAAGAAGAAGGAAUGAAUAAUCCAGUCGCAACGUUAUACUAUCUAUCGCCAAUAAUGUUUAUUUUGAUGAGCAUAUUAUCAUUAAUAUUUGAACAACCUUUUCAGGUUUUUAACACUUCAAAACAUUUUGAAAAUGUUACUAGAGGAUUACAAACUUUUGGAUUGAUGUUGAUGGGGGGUUUAUUGGCUUUUUGUAUGACCAUCGCUGAAUUUGCCCUUAUUAAAAAUACCAGUACUGUCACUUUAUCUGUUGCCGGUAUUAGCAAAGAAGUCGUUGUUAUCACUCUAUCUGUAUUAAUUUACCACGACGAAUUAACUCCAAUCAAUUUACUUGGGCUAUUUAUUUCUAUUACAGGAAUUAUAGGAUACAAUUAUUAUAAAAUCAAUAAACCUAAUAGCGAUAAAAAAGGUCGUUACCAGGCUUUACCUCCUCAUAAAAAUAAUUCAUUGGAUUAA